CACACACACACACACACACACACACACACACACACCCAUGCUGCUGCUGCUGCUGCUGCUGCUGCAGACAGCUCUGCCGGCUAAACCAGCGUCUGCCUGCCACCGAUAGCUCCCAGCAUCCUCGGUGCUGCAUGCAAAAAUAAAAAAAAACAAACAGCUGACAGCAUUUUUGCCCUUAGAUUUCUUCCUUUGUUGCUCCAGUUUACAAAAGAGGAGGAGAAGAAGUGUAGAAAGCCGGCUUCCUCCCUCGCCCUCCCUCCCUCCAUCCUCUCUCUCUCUAUCUCUCUCUCCCUCUCUUGCUCACACACAUCCCCAUCACAUCCACACCCACACCCAAGGAUACCCUCCCUGCCUCUCUGCCUCUGUCUCUCUCACGCGAGCCCUUUUCCUCUUCCCCUUCAACCCCUCCAACUACAGUUUUUUUUUUCACAUUUCCUCUGAGGAGGAGAUUCCUCGUCUGACCCCCUUAUCUUUCCAAUCCAGUACUUUUUUGCUUGAUGCUCUUCUCUUUAACCCGUCCCUGCCUCUGCUACUUUGUUGCUACCUGUGGAGGUUCCCCCGGGUUCUGUGGUUUUUCUUCUGCCAGCCGUCGCACAGAGUGCAGCCCCCGCAGAGAGGCACCAUGCUGGGAUUGGACGUGUGUGAGUUUGGGGGUCAGGUGCUGGAGCUGCUGUGGCUAACUAUGUGCUACAGAGGUCUAAUGGCUGAUAAGACAGAACUGCCUAUUGAGGAGGAAGAGGAUGAGAGAAACUUAAACUACAAUCCUCCGGCCCAGAAGUCUUUGGAGGAGAUUCAGGAACUGGACAAAGACGACGAGAGUCUGGUCAAGUACAAGCAGACCCUGCUGGGGCUGCUACCAACUACUGCAGACCUCUCUGUGCCAAAUGUCCAAGUCACCAAACUGACCCUGCUUUGUGACGAGGCUCCUGGACCAAUAACCUUGGACCUGACAGGAGAUCUGCAAGCUCUGAAGGAGAAUGCCCUUAUCCUAAAGGAAGGAGUGACAUACAGACUAAAGAUAAACUUCAAGGUGAACAGAGAAAUUGUCGCUGGCUUGAGGUACCAUCAGGUGACCCAGAGAAAAGGAAUAACAGUGGACAGGGUGUCGCGCAUGGUGGGAAGUUACGGCCCAAAGGCAGAAGAGAAUGAGUUCAUAUGCCCGGUUGAUGAGGCACCCAAAGGCGUGAUAUCACGUGGCCACUAUGGGAUCCGUUCCCGCUUCAUCGACGACGACAAGAAUGUCUACUUGGACUGGGAGUGGGCUCUCGAUAUCAAGAAGGACUGGAAUUAAUAGAGGGAGAGAGUGAGAGAGAUGAUGCUCUUCUUCCCUUCUUUCACUCUUAUUCUUCCCUUCCCCUUUGACCUUCCCCUCUCUCCCCCUCCUACUCGUCGUCCCGUGAGAGCAGCCAAUGCAGUGGCCGAGACAGGAGGCUCCACUUCUCCUCUUCCUCCUUAUUCUUCUCUUCUACCCUUUACUUCCUUGUCUGUUUAAUGCAGGUCUCCUGAAACCCAUGUCUGACAGGGACUUUUAGAGAAGAGAAUCCCCCGUCUCUCAGCCAUCUGUCCCUGCAUCUAUGUUCUUUUUCCAGAUUCUCCUACAUCCAUAUCCCAUUCAUCCAGAGUUGUCCACAUGAUGAGUUUUUUUUGGACUCUCCCUUAGUUUCCUUUCUCCCACCCUUCCUUGCCUAUCCUUUUAUGUGCCCCUGCCUUCAUAAAGCAGCAGUGGUCAGUCUGAGGCACAAAGGGAAAUACAAUAUAUACAAUGCAUAAUUACAAACAUCCAAUAUCUGUCAAACAGACUUUUCCAAAGAGAAGAGAUGAAAUAUGUAAAUACAGAUUGCAUUUGGAUGCUCAGCAAGAAUUAUGGGUUCACACGUCGGAACAUUUGUUAAAAGGUUUACCAUUAAAAGAGAGUUGAAAGGGGGAGCGCAGAGGGAAGCGACAUGACACAAACAUACAGUGUGAGAUGAAAGGGAGAGGGGCAUGUUGGUGUUUUGAAGACAAAGGGAAGUUAGUUAAUGUAGCUGAUUUUACUCUCUCACCAACACGGUCCAACGGUAGGAGCUGCAGCAGAGGUUGUAGGUGGGGUUUGAUACACCUGUGCUAAGUGCAUAAAAAACCUGAGGGGAGAUGCUGAAAAUUUGAAAAACCAAAUCAAAAACAUGUUUUGCACUAGUCUGACGUUGAGGCAAAAAAGUGCAAUUGGAACAGAGUUAGAGAAUGAAUCAUGACGUAUGUAACUUUAAGGUCCAUUGAAGAGAUGAAAAAUGACAGACAAAAACAUCAGAUCUGUGUGGAGACUGUAACAUUCCUCAAAUUAAGACAUGAAACUAACAGACAUGCUGUAUUUCCACCAGCUGUUUAUCUCUAUUACCCAACUCCUAAUAAUUGCAUAACAAUAGUGGAAGGAAAUGUGCAUUCAUUUGCAUUUUCUUUGGCUGAUUUUCUAAAAUUUUGGUUAAAGUUUGUGCUACAUUUAGAUGGAAACCUCACUUGUGAGAAGCUCACGGAAGCAAUUAAGGUACUUAAAAACCGCUGGAAUGCACAAUUUGCAUCAAAAUUCAUAUAGACGGACAUGAUGCAGUGCAACUCACACUUUCCGAUGCUAUAAUUAUCUUCAUGCAUAACAUCCAUUACAUCCAUAAAUCCUCUUAGAAAUCAUGGGAAAAAGAGGUUCCUAACUUGCUGAGGAUCAUCACAUUUUCACAGUUUCUUCAGUAUCAAAGUAAUCCAGUGACAGUUGGCUGUACAUUCAUGGGUAAACUGCAAACAGGAACUGCUAAUUGCUAAUUUGGGAUGUUUCUAACAGUGCCAAUUUGCCAAAUUGUAAACAAAUAUACACAAGAAGACGUUGUGUGACAGGCUCAAGCUGUAGUUACGCUGGAUACAUUGACAUAUGCUUUCUUCUCUUUCUGUUACAUCUUUUUCCAGAGUUUUAGGGAGUCAGAGAUAUAACUGUAUGUUUUAUUCCAUGGCAUAGGGUAUUGAUUGAUUGAUUGGUCUGUUAUCUGAUUAAGGGAUUUGAAGGAAGACUUUCAUAUCAAUGAUGUUAAUAAUUCUUCAAAUUAUGACAUAAGUUUUCAUGGUUUUGCCCUAUAAUUGCAGUUAACAAAUCAAACACAAAUACUUUGAAAUUACACUCAUGCAGAAAAUAACUUAUACAGUAUACAUAAUCAACUCUACAGGAAGUAAAAUAAUGUAUAGAAUAGAAUAAUAUAUAGAAAAUACCCUCUGAUCAUCCAACUAUUGUCUUUUCAAAGCAUUAAGAAACUGGGAUGAGAAAAUGAAUCACCUCCUCUCACAGACACAAGAUCUUUGAAUUGUGUUUGAAAAGAUUUAGACAUGGUGUAUUUUAACAUUGCAGUUUGCUUUCAAAGCAGUCUUUGUGGAGCUUUUUUAAAGAGCAGACCAAUCAAAGACUGUAACUGAACUGUGCAUAUUGUAGAAAGAGAUGCAUGCAUGUCCUUAAGGAUUUGAUACUAUUUGCUCAGUGAAAAAACCAACAAAAUUAGCCCUUUCUAAACCUCCAUAUCAAGGACACAAGAUGUGAAUAAAAUUCUGCUUUGAACAUUAAUGAAACAUUUCAAGAUGGUAGCUGAAAGAUGGAGUACUGUCUGAGAAGUAUAUUAAAGGAUGAAUUAAUUCUCCUUAAAAAAAUAGGAAAUAUUACUGUGUUAAGUCUUUGGAUAUGAUAUUGUCAUUGUUGCUGAACAUAUUGAACAUUGAAAUACCAUUUGAAAUCAUUGUGAUCUAAGACUAACUGUAAAUGUUGGCUUGUUGGGUGUUGCAUGGUUUAGCAAGAUUCUCUCUUCCUUUUUUUACGACUUUAUUGUAAAAUUUAAUGUGAUUUUGAAAAAAAAAGAUACUGACGCAAUAUCCAGAUGUCAAUGGUUGCCAUAUACUGCAGAUACAGUAUUUACAGGGAUAUUUUUGAAGGCACAGAUAGCUGGAAACAUUUGUCUGUGUCUAAUGCCCCAGCCUGUAACGAUCAAGUGCUGCAUCCUCAAAUAUUGGUGUCAAAUCUAGUAUCCUGUAUCUUUUAAUAAAGGCAAUUCAAACAACCA